CCCCAGACUGAAGUGGGGAGACAGGCAGUGAGGCAGCGUCUGGGACAGAGAGAGAGAAAGAGAGCAGAGCCAGAGACAAAGGAAGGAAGAGAAGGCAGAAGAACUGUGGGUGAUAGACAGGGAAAGAACAUCCUGGGCAUUAGUUGGCACUGUGACCUUCACCUGCAGUGCCAGCACCUUCGCAUUGCACCCUGAUCUAUUGAAGGCCACCUGUCCUGCAUCCUUCUGGUCCUGCUAACCCUUUCAGUGCCCAGCGUCCUGUCCUUGGUACCUGCUAACCCAACACCUUCUGGACUGUCUGUAGCAGCAUGGCAUUUCUGUAGCAACUUGUAACUUCAAACCUUAGGAUGGUGCAGCACAAGACUGUUGGGGGGAACCCAAAGACACCUGAUGCUGUUCCUGGGGGGCCCAGCUGGUGUAAGACCCCUAGUGGGCACAUCAAACGUCCAAUGAAUGCCUUCAUGGUAUGGUCUCAGAUAGAAAGGCGGAAGCUUAUGUCUCUGUGCCCCAACAUGCACAACGCUGACAUCUCUCGCAGCCUUGGCCAACGCUGGAAGUUACUGGAGGACACAGAUAAAAUCCCAUACGUUCGAGAGGCAGAACGUCUGCGACUCAAACACAUGGCCGACUAUCCCAACUACAAAUACCGACCACGCCGGCGUACUAAGGAUCCAGCUAGCAGAACACGUGCCAGACUGCCCCGUACAACGUCUAGGUGCCAACCUGCUCCCUCGCCAUGCCAGUCGGAAGUGAAUCUGGGAUCCAGCAUGCACUGGGGGGAGGAAAACCCUGAGUGGGGGGGGCACAAAGGCGGCCAAUCAGAAGAGACGCAGAAUCGGGAGUCAUCAGCACGCAGCCCAGAGGUGCCCCCCUACACCCAUGCCCGCUCUUUGCCCUCUUCCCCAGAGCCAGUUGAAGAUGAUGAGGCCCUGGAGGAAAGUCUACCCGAACUCUGUUCAGGGUCCCUUUGCGUCCCACAAGAGAGAGAGCUUCUUCCAAGCAGCGGGUCCCAUUUCGAGUUUCCAGAUCACUGCACCCCCGAGGUGGUGGAGAUGAUAUCUGGGAGUGGCCUCCUCGGAAGUGUGUCUGACCUCGUGUUCUCCUUCUGAAUUGAGACCCCACGUCCCACAGAGAGGCGUCGGCAGCAGGUAACACCUCAUGGAACUGUCCAUCAUGGACUCCUACCGGCAACAAGAAAAGAUUUGACUUGCUCAGGAACUCAAGAUUUAAUGCAGGGAAUUCAUAUUUGAUUGUAAGGACUCGGAGCCUAGACAUCUGAUGGGACUGACCACAUUCACAAAAGAAGUCUUGUGUUCCAGAGAUGCCAGCAGGGCGGAGACACUGAGCAGUUGGAAAACCGUCAGAGCUGGGGCACUGAGGGAUUGGGGUUACCAACAAAGCAGUGUCAUCAUGUCCCAUGGGAUCAUGCUAUUUGCACAUUUAGGGAUUUUUCACGGAAUGGAGCCAAUUUAUGACUUUUUAUUGGUAAAAGGUAACAAAAAAAAUUCCUUCCAGAUCCUUGACUGUGGGUUCU